CCGUUUUGCUUGCCGCUGCCUGCGCCCACCCCGCUUGUCCGUCAGCUCCUUUAGCCUCACCGCGCGUACGUCUGCGACUCUGACGCUCAGAAGAGUCUUGCUGCGCGCUUUUAUUACCAUCUACCACUCGACUUGUUAGGCCAUAAUGGCGACUUCUACUUUCACGCGCCAGCCGUUCGGCGACAUUACGUCGUCGCGCCGCCAGGCCCUCGGCAGCUCCAAGAACAGGCAGAACGCCCUCUCGCCCAGCUCUCCCAGUUUUGCGUGCCCGCUGAAGCCCAGCGCGGCGACGCCCAGCGGCAAGCGCCAGCGCGAGCCGGACAUGUUCGAGGACGAGGACAGCGAGAAUGUCGCGCCGGCCGCCAGUUCCCCGCCCAAGAAGUCGCGCACCAGCAGCGACUCGGUCGCAAAGCCCGCGCGCUUCGCCCUGGUCGCGUCGCCCACCGGUUCCCGCGCGGCCCCGCUCACCGCCUCUCCAGCCUCCUCCAUUUCCUCGUCCCGGACGUCCGUCUCCUCUCCCAGCACCACGCGCUCCACGCCCAUCAGCCACUCCCGCGGGUCACCCAAGAACAAGCGCCUCAGCGCCAUCUCCAAGCGCCGCUCCUCCACCUCGCCCUUCCGCCGCGUCGACCCGCCCUCCUUUUCUCCCGCGGGCCUGCCCUUCUCCAUCGACGCCGCCCUGAGCGGCACCCUGGCUCCCUCCCCCCAGCCCAGCACCCCCACCCUCACCGUAACCCCCGCCCCGGCCCCGGCACCCACCCCCGCCGCCGCGCUCGACGACUCAAUGCCGCAAGCCUGGUUCUUUGCCAUCCACGAGGACACGCCCGAGCAGGAAUCCGCAAACCUCAUGGAGCACUCCGCGUCCGUCCUCGACAUCAGCAGCGACGCCGACGCCGCGCAGAAAGCCGCCCGCGACGACGCCGCCCGCGGCAAGGAGAACAUCCCGCCGCCGGACUUUCUGCUCGCGCAGGCCCGCAGCGCGCUCGUGCAGACGCUGGACGACGGCGAGGAGACGGAGAUCGAGGACGCAAAGCCCAUUGUCAAGAGCAAGCGGCGCGCACGCCGCGCCGCCGAGGCCAUGGACGAAGACCGCCGUCCCCUGGGCGACCUGCCGCCCGCAGACUUCUACGCCGCGGGGUGCACGGCGGCGUCGUACGUCACAGUGGACGCCGGGAUUGAGCGCCCGUCGCGGUUAUCCAAGGAAGUCGAGAUCGAGGUGUGCGCGGACGAGGACGCGGACGAGAAUGAAGUCGACACCGAGAACACGCAGCCCGUGAAGAAGCCCGUCGCGCCGCUGCAGCCGCGCAGCAAAGCCCUGCAGCGACCAACAAGGGCGAGCAGGCAAGACCACGCCAGACCGCAGUCCCCGCCGCCACCCGCGCAGCCAUAACGCGUCUGCGCACUUUGCCGCGAUACAAAUCUUUAUUAAUACUCAUCACGACGCUACGCGCUUACGAUGUCGGCGUUUGGGGGCUGCGGGAUGCUGCUGGGUCGGCGUUUUGCGCUGUUUGUUAGGAUACCUCUUGUUUACCGCUUCGUUGCGUCUUGUUGUUUUGUUCUGUUCGUUGUUUGUGGU